GAACAUGAGUCUCUCUCCUACUGACCAUACUCCAGAUCUCUCCGAGGAACCUUUCUGUGUCUCUUUUCUCCAGCAUUUGAACCAGCUUCGCUGUGUUUCCAAGGUCUGUGACAGUAGCAGGGGCUGCUGGUAUCAGGAAUCUGGGGGGGAGCACCCCUCUCCUGCUCCCCUCCCUAUCUGUGAUGUAUGUGCCACAUGGGACAUGGCUUCUGAGAGUAGAAGCGAACUAGGAGGUUCCCCACAAUUCUUCUUGAGGUGACUUUCUUUUCUGCUGUUGGAAGCAGCUUCUGAACGUUCAAAACGUCUGGACUGUUCUUCUUCCUUUUGCCAAUGAAGUCUCUAAAUUUGUCCGAUUCAUAGCCACGAAGAUUUUAUGGCACACUGAGCAAAGAGAAAUCAAUGACCAUGUUUCAGCUUCUCCUGUGGUGGAAUCUCAAAGUCCUCUCCCUUUCUCUCUUGUUGAAAGCCACUGUUUCGUUGAACCCAGAUGACCCAAAUGUUUGCAGCCAUUGGGAAAGCUAUGCUGUGACUGUUCAGGAAUCGUAUGCGCACCCCUUUGAUCAGAUCUAUUACACGAGAUGUACAGAUAUCCUGAACUGGUUCAAGUGCACUCGACACAGAAUAAGUUAUAAGACGGCAUAUCGGAGGGGACUGAGAACCAUGUACCGUCGACGGUCCCAAUGCUGCCCAGGAUAUUACGAAAGUGGAGACUUCUGCAUCCCUCUUUGCACAGAAGAAUGUGUCCAUGGAAGAUGUGUUUCUCCUGAUACAUGUCAUUGUGAACCAGGAUGGGGAGGUCCAGACUGUUCCAGUGGCUGCGAUAGUGACCACUGGGGACCGCACUGCAGCAACCGUUGCCAGUGCCAAAACGACGCUCUUUGUAACCCCAUCACCGGCGCCUGUGUGUGUGCCGUUGGGUACAAAGGAUGGCGCUGCGAGGACUUGUGCGACCCAGGAAGCUACGGGAAAGGCUGCCAGCUGAAGUGUCAGUGUCACAACGGGGCAACCUGCAACCCUAAGACCGGGGAAUGUCACUGUGCUCCGGGUUACACCGGCGUUUUCUGUGAGGAACAGUGUCCUCCGGGCAGUCACGGAGCCCAGUGUGAACAGCGAUGCCCCUGCCAAAAUGGGGGGACCUGCCACCACAUCACUGGAGAGUGUACCUGCCCCCCAGGAUGGAUGGGCGUUGUGUGUGCUCAGCCAUGCCCAUCAGGAACGUAUGGGGUCAACUGCAGCCAGGAUUGUCCGUGUCAUAAUGGAGGACAGUGUGAUCAUGUGACGGGGGUAUGCCUGUGCACAGCAGGCUAUACGGGAGACAGGUGUCAAGAGGAGUGCCCUGUGGGAACGUUUGGCUUCCAAUGCACACAGAAGUGUGACUGUGAAAACCGAGCGAAGUGCUACCACGUUGAUGGGGCAUGCCUCUGUGACCCGGGCUUCAAAGGCCUUCAUUGUCAGGAGCGGAUGUGCCCGGAAGGAUAUUAUGGGCUAAAAUGCAACAGAAGAUGUCCUUGUCAUACUGCAAACACGGUCAGCUGCCACCCUCUGUCGGGAGAAUGCAACUGCGAGGCGGGCUGGGCAGGACUCUAUUGCAACGAAACCUGUCCUCCUGGAUACUACGGCGAGGGGUGCCAGUUUGCCUGCCGCUGCCAGAAUGGAGCAGAUUGUGACAGCAUUACAGGGCGGUGCACGUGUGGGCCAGGAUAUAUGGGUGACGACUGCUCCUUCGCUUGCGCAGCUGGGACCUAUGGAGUCAAUUGCUCAUUGAUUUGCAACUGCAGAAAUGAUGGCGCAUGUUCCCCAGUGGACGGCUCUUGCUUUUGCAGAGAAGGGUGGCAGGGGGUGGACUGUUCGAUCCCAUGUCCAAGUGGCACUUGGGGUCUCAACUGCAAUCAGACGUGUUCCUGUGCCAACGGAGCGGCCUGCAACCCUGUGGACGGCGUCUGCCUGUGCUCUCCUGGGUGGCAAGGGGAGUUCUGCGACCAGCCCUGCCCUGAUGGGACCUACGGCCUCAACUGUACUGAACGUUGUGACUGCAGCCAUGCUGAUGGGUGUGAUCCUGUCACGGGUUACUGCUGCUGUCUUGCAGGCUGGACAGGCAUCCACUGUGACAGUGUUUGUGCGCAGGGUCGCUGGGGGCCAAACUGCUCCAUCGCCUGCAACUGUGAAAAUGGAGGAUCCUGCUCCCCAGAGGAUGGGACCUGCGAGUGUGCACCAGGCUACCGAGGACCCAUGUGCCAGAGAAUCUGCCCGCCUGGCUUCUAUGGGCACCACUGCAGCCAGUCCUGCCCGCAGUGCAUCCAUAGCACUGUCCCCUGUCACCACAUCACGGGACACUGUGACUGCCUGCCUGGGUUUUUUGGCCUCCUUUGCAACCAAGUUUGUCCAACUGGAAGAUAUGGGAAGGACUGUGCAGAAAUGUGUUCAUGUAUGAACAAUGGGACGUGCAAUCCAAUUGACGGAUCUUGCCAGUGCUUCCCUGGAUGGAUAGGCAAGGACUGUUCCCAAACUUGUCCGGUCGGCUUCUGGGGUGCAGAUUGUUUCCAUUCGUGCAGUUGUCACAACGGGGCGACGUGCAGCCCUCACGACGGGGAAUGCAGAUGUACCCCCGGCUGGAGCGGACCCUACUGUACGCAGCGAUGUUCGCCUGCCUUUUAUGGAAAAAGCUGUGCCAAUGUCUGCCAGUGCCAGAAUGGAGCCGACUGUGACCACAUCACUGGGCAGUGCACCUGCCGGACGGGCUUUACAGGAAAACAGUGCGAGAUGAAGUGUCCACCCGGAACAUUUGGCUACGGUUGCCAGCAGUUGUGCGAAUGCAUGAAUAAUGCCACCUGCGACUAUGUCACAGGGACUUGUUACUGCAGCCCGGGUUUCAAAGGAAUCCGGUGUGAUCAAGCCGCUCUCAUGAUGGAAGAAUUAAAUCCCUAUACUAAAAUUAGUCCCGCUCUUGGAUCUGAGAGGCAUUCAGUGGGAGCAAUAAUUGGAAUUAUUAUCCUCCUGCUAAUUAUUAUGGUUUUGCUGGCACUGUUUGUGUGGUAUCGACGGAAGCAGAAGAAGGGCCACGACAUGCCAAGCGUCUCCUACACGCCCGCCAUGCGGAUGACAAACACCGAUUACUCACUCUCUGAUGUAUCUCAAGGUAGCUGCAGUGUACACUGUUUUUCCAAUCCAAGUUACCACACCUUGUCAUGUGGCGUGACAUCACGGUUCUUUCCCAAUACUCUGGAUGGGAACGUCUCCAGUAAGCUCAGUAACAAAAUCCUUGACAGAGAUUCUGCAGACUGGAGAGCGUACAGCUAUCUGAAUGAUCUAGGUGCUUGUGGAAUGAAUAGACGUCAGAACACAUACAUUAUGGAAAAAGGCUUCAAAGACUACGUGAAGGAAUCGGCCUGCAGCUCCAGCACCUGUUCCAUCAACAGCAGCGAGAACCCUUACGCCACCAUCAAGGACCCCCCCAUCUUGACAUGCAAACAUUCUGAGAGCAGCUACGUGGAAAUGAAAUCUCCUGUUCACCGGGACUCAUCCUACUCUGACACGCCAGCCUUGUCAACUGCUAACAAGAACAUCUAUGACAUUGAGCCCACCAUCAGUGUGGUCCAUGAGACCCGUCUCCGCAACGCUGGCUACAUCCAAAAUCCAUACGACCUGCCCAGAAACAGUCACAUCCCCUGUCACUAUGACAUUCUCCCUGUAAGACACAGCCCAACACACGGGACUCUUUGGGACAAGCAGUCUUAAAGGGCUGCGUCAUGUUCCCCCAUGACGACGCCCCUAUGAACACUGCUCUCUGAACAAGGAGAUGACAAUCCUUUUUGCUUUGUUUUGCUACAUGCUGGAGAAAAAAACAAACCCAAGACGGUCCACACAACAAACGUAAAGGGACACUCAUUUUGGGCCACCUUCCUUCUGCAUGAAACUCUUAUUUUACAAGACCGUUUUAUACAGAUCACAGGAAAACAAAGAAAACUAUGUAUAACUACGGGGGGAGAGAACCGGAAGCCAUUGGACUCGAGUCCACAAUAUUGGACAAAGUAUGUUUUCUUGACUUGAUUUUGCUUUUUACAUUGUUGGGAUGGGGGUGGACAGAUACAAAACUUCCUAGCUGCAAGCGUUUAUAGCUGCAUCUGUACUAUACUCUCACCUGCUUAAAGAGAUCAUUUACUUCUUAAAAACAGUGUUCAGAAAGAUGUUGGAAUAAGUUGCAUCGCCUCCUGUGGCUGCAAGGACACAUCCCUCGGCAAAGCCAGGGCAGACGCGCUUCCUUUGUGAACAUUGGCUAAAGUUGCUGCCCUCAUAGCUAGACUAUGUGGUUGAGCUACAUUGCGCUUCUCUGUGUUCAUUUUAUGUGCGUACCUGCUGCUUAGAAUCAUGCGUGGAAUUUGCGAGACUGAAGACCCAAAAGACGGGUGAUCUGAGAGGAUUGCAUGCUCUCCCAAUGUCUGCAGAAGCUUCGAAACAGCCGAGAGCUGUCGCGUGGCAGGUUUCAGGAAAAGCGGUACUUUGCCAAUCAUGCUUCUGUGCUUCCCUUGUGCAUUUCCUAAGAGCUGGUCUCCAUCAACCCAUUUUCAAGAGACAGAACUGAGCAGUCUAACCAGGUACCCAAAGACAGGAUUCCUCCUUAGAGCCCUUACGUAUGACCAGGCUUGCCUUCUGCUUUGCCCAUGCAGAUUAUAAUGCUUAGGCAAUCCUACAAUGCUUGUGUAGCCUGUAUCAUUAAAUGGCAAACCAUCUAGAGAGUGCUUUAAGCCCUAUGGUGGUGGUAUAUAAGCAGCACGCUUUGCUUUGCUUUGCUUGCUUCUGCUUCCUAAGAAAUGAAAAGGAGCUUUGCUGGACAGAGCUAAAGCACAACAGCCACAGCACAAAUAAAAGCUCCACAUGCUAUCUCCUAGGCUUAGCAUUCCUUGAAAAACUAAGACUUACAUGGACGGAGUGCUAAAGGCACCAACAUUUAUACCCACAAGUGAAGCUGGUGUGCAGCAAGCUUGGCAGUGAAGGCGGGGGGGGGGAUCGCUGGACCUCCAGAACUUUGGGACUUGAACCACCUGAAAGGCCAGCUAUGGGCUUGGUCGUGGUGGGCCUCCGCCACCUCUCUUCUAAAUAAGCCAGAGUCCCUGCUCGUUCAGCUAGCCAAGUUCAUUCCUACCCAACUCCACUCACCUGGUGCCUCCCACCUUGUGGGACACAACCCUACUGUGCUAGCAGGGGAGCAUGGAAGUUUUAGACAAACCUGCAUGGAGACCUGGCACGUUCUAGAAAAAGACUACAAUACCCAUUGUGCUAUUUGGGAAGGAAAGGAAGAAUCCAGCACACCUGGAGAGCAGCAGGUUGGAGAAGGCUGGUCAGCGCUGAACAGCAGGGUUUGAUGCAGCCUUGCUGGGAGCUGCCACCUGUGCUCUCCAAUACCCAAAGCAGCCGGUGGCUGCUGUCCUUACCUGUUAGAGCAAAAUCAGCCCCCUAUUAUUUCCAGAUGGCGUUUGGUUUGACGGGCUCUCUCUGGGCCAAGUGCUCAUUCUGCCUGUUAUUUGGGUUAUGCUGCAGCUUGUUCAAACACACUUUAGUAGUUUGAAACUCCAUUUGCCUUGUAGAUUUUUCUUGAGAAUGAUGAUUUAUUAGUAGUAAAAAAAAAUUGAAAGAGAUUUUAUUGUUAUUAAGCGAGUGCUAGGGUAGCCAAGAGGCUGUUUCUUAACUACUUUAAAACACUAAGGCACAUAGGA